AUGGCGGUCAUGGAUGUCAUUGUGGAGCGGUUGAUGUCAGUAUGGAGGAUACCGGCGGUCAGACAGAGUUUUCCCUGGUUGUUUUUAUUCAUGUCUUUGCUGGGGUCCAUUCUGAAGGAACUGGACUUGGUUCCGCAGUCCUAUUUCAGCAGCAGCAAGAACUUCGUCAACUUGUAUUUCGUUAAAGUCUCCUGGGGAUGGACGCUGCUGCUGCUCACGCCUUUCCUCCUCUUCUCCAACUCUGCCAACCAGAGCCGCUUCGCCCUGUUCAAACGCCUACUGGCAUUAGCCGUAGCAACAGCCGUGUGGUAUAUCUGCACCGGGACCUUCCUCUACAUCGAGGACGUGACGGGCUCUUGCUUCGAAAGCAAAACUGCUUCCAUUGCUAACGAGUUCACCUCCAAAGCCGCCUGUAGGCGUGCCGGCUUCCACUGGCAGGGCCACGACAUCUCGGGCCACUCGUUCAUCCUCAGUUACUCCUCCCUGCUCAUCAUGGAGGAAAUAUCCGCCAUGACGGUUCUGAAGAAGGUCAGGCUGCACAGGACGCUGCUCAACCUUCUGUACUUGGCCUUGAACCUGAUAGUGGCGAUGUGGGUGUGGAUGUUCGCCUGCACCUCUGUUUACUUUCACAACCCGCAGGAUAAGCUGCUGGGGACCGCGUGCGGACUGCUGGGGUGGUACCUGACGUACCGGUACUGGUACCAGAAGCCUUUCUCACCGGGCCUGCCACCGCAGCGCCAGAAGAAAGAACAAAAGCAGCGUGCCUGAUGCACACCGCCGAUUUUACAAGCUUCGUUAAACCGUAGGUUAUUUUUAUCCGGGUCCAAGCUGGACGUGAAACUUGAAAACGUGUUAAGUUUUUGCAUCCUGACAGGAAGGCUGCUUUGUUUGAAAGCACAAAAUCUUAUCAAAGAUUUUGGUCCAGUUUCUAGUGCAAAUAUCUUAGUACACUGGAAAUAACUUACAAGGAACAGGAGCUUGUUUUAAGUCGUUACUUCCUUAAUAUUUAUGAAAAAGUUCUCGUUCCAUUUGCAGAUAAUUUCAUUAAAACAUGACAUUUUUCCCAUGUUAUAAGAGAAAUAAUCUACCAAAAGUGUCGACUCUCGGGGUCAGAGGUUAAGAGUUUGUACUGAAUAAAGAUGCAGUUAAAGAAGAACACUUCACUUUGUCAGAAACAUCUGCAUGUUUUCACUUACUUGGUUUUUAAAUUUAAUUCACCUGAUUUAGGGGAAUCGGUUUUGAAAUUAUUUGAAAAUGUGCCAAAAAUGAAAUGAAUGGAAAAAUAUUUGAGAAGACUAAAUUUAAAAAAAAGCAUUAUUUAAAUACAGCGUGGAUUAAUUUGUAGCACACGCUACUGUUUGUCUGCAUUUGUUAUAAAAGUGCCAUCAUUGGAGGUUGUUUACCACUGAUGCUGAAUAUCGAAAGCUACCUUGAUAAUCCUACAAACAGGAUUUAAUUUAGCUGCUUUUUCUAAGUUUAAUAACAUAUAGAAUGUCAUUUUAAAGAUUCGUGCAACAAAGUACUUAAACCUCCCCUAGAACUUGGCUUCAAAAGGAAGAAAAGUAACAAUUUGUGCCUCUAAAUGUCUACAAUGAUGCUGUCCAAAAAAGUAUUUCUUUAAAGUGCAUGUUAUUUAUUUUUACUACAUUUAUUUGUAUUUACCUCAUGUAUUCAGCACAUAUUUAUUCCAUUGGCUGCUAGUUUCUAAAACACACAAUAACUGCAGCACAGAAAGAAUGAAAGCAUUUCUAAUAAAUCUGCAGCAUGUCUUUAUUCUGGGAAGCCAAAACUAAAAGUUUGAAAUGUUAUCAGAUAUUCAAGUUUUACAUAUCAACUUUAAAUGAUUUGUCUGCACUUCAUGAAUAAAAACACUAAUAAUGUUUUCUGAGAAGAAGAAAAAGAUGCAGCAGCCAUAUUGAUUUGUUUCAAUUUCAUAUUCAGAAUAUUUAACUUCCGACAACUAAUGGGAUGCAUAAGUGUAAAUCCGAUUAAAAAUAUGCAUUUUUAUAUCAAAUAAUCACGCAGUUUCAAUUGUAUCUAAUGAUUAUAGUAAACAAAAUCUGGUAUUAGUGGAUUUUAAAUAUUUUUGAUUUUAUUAAAUAAUUUCUGGAUCCCACAUUUUGUUUUUCAAAUAUUUGGCUUUGAAAAUCACUGUGUUAGUCCAUGCCUGCUCCCUCCUGUUUAAAUAUAUAUUUUUUGUGUGUAUUUGUAUGAACUGCCAUUAUCAGACGCUUUGCCGUAAAUAAGUUAGUUAAUUUUAACAUUUUUAUCUUUUCAGAGGGAACCAAGUGUUGACGCACAAAGUUUUAGGGUGUUGGGUAUCCGAUUGUCAUCUGUCUUCUUUAAAAUUCAUAUUUAAGAAAAGAAAACGGGGAACAAAAUGUAUUUCCUGUACGCAUUUCUGUUUUUAAGCUUCUGUUAGUGUAACUGUAGUUUCCAGGUGUCAAUUUUAUUGAAAUUAAAAAAAUAAAAUAAAUAAAAACCAGUUUCUUUUGAUUCCAUUUUCCAUUAUUUAUUUGUCAUUGAUGGCAACUGAAUAAAUUAAGGCUUAUGAACAAACAUCAUAAAAAGCACCAUAAAUAAAUGCAUAUUAACACAAAUAGAAACAUUAAAAAAAA